GCGGAGGUGGGGAGUGCCGCCCGGAGAGUGCUGGAGCUGAAGGAGCGGCUGGGCUGCGCGCAGGAGCCCGCGGAGGUAGCGGUGCUGUGGGCGCGCUGGCUCCCACGGAGGAAGGCGGGGGUUCCCACCGGGGGUGUCAGGAGGCUGCCACGAUCUCAGUGUAUACUGUAUAUGCUUAUAUGUAACGCAGUAUGGCGGUGCCGGCUGAGCCCGCUGGCCCUCGCCGCGCUGAGGAGAUGCGGGCCCGCGCUGCCCCCCUCGGCGUUGGCUUCCGGGACCUGCCGAGCAGAGAAAGAGGAAACUGGCAUAGGCAAAACAGUUAACGGUUUUAGGAAACAUGCAACUGCUGGGAAUGUAGCUAAAACCCUGGUAAAACAAUGGAAAAAACUUAUUCCUCCAGAAAAUAAAAGUGGUCACAGAGGAAGAAAACAAAAUAUUGAAAAAGAAAAAGAUGAGACAAAAUCUUGCAUUUCCAAGGAGAUUAAGCCUUCGGAGGAGUCCAAAGCAUCUGUACUGUCCUCCAGAAGCUCCAAUAGUGCUCCCAUUUCUAAAAAGUUGAAUAAGCAGCGUACUUGUAGUGAAAAGACCCAUCAAAGUAGAGAUUCAAAGUCUCAAAAAGAAUGUGGUAAUAAAGAAUGUAGCAGCAGUGGUUCUAAGCAUGCUUCCCAGGGUACUAAUCCUCAAGCUAAAGAAAGUGACUUCAAAGAGACAACCUGUGCACACAGCAAGAAAGUUUCAGAAAAGCAGUGUUCCUCUGUAGCUAAUAAAGACUUACCACUCCUGAAGGAAAAGCCUAGUAAGGAUGCUUCCAAACAGAGAAAUCCUAAGCAAGUGAAGAAACCAAAACAAAAACUUGUCAUAAAAAGCAAAGCUGAAUUACCUAGUGAUGAGGAAUUUGAGCCCCCUACUAUGUCUUUUGAAUCUUAUCUUAAUUAUGAUCAAGUUAUCAAAAAAAGAAAGAGGAAGGCUUGUUCUACAGGUGAACGGCCAAAGAAGUGCAGCGAACAGAAGAACAGCUCAUUACCACACAAGACUUCAAAAUUUUCCCAUGCAAAAGAGGGAGGAGAAGAUGUAAAAAAAUGUGAGGAUGAUCAAUCAGAAACUCCCAAUAAAAAGGCCAAGGUGGCAUCCCUCCAAGAUCUUCUUAAUACUCCACUGCCUAAAUUUCUGACAGGCAUCUCAAUCUCAUCUCCCCCAUAUGCUGCAGACUUUAAAGCUUCCCUAGCACCUGUUGUAGAAGCACCCCAGCAAGUCAGUGAGACAGUUCAAUUCACAGGACGGAGACUGAACUCUAAAAUGCAAGUUUACUCUGGUUCUAAAAUGGUCUGUCUUUCAAAGAUGCUUACACUGUAUGAACAGUGCAUCCGUGUGCUUCAAAAUAAUAUUGAUUCGCUACAUGAAGUAGGAGGUGUGCCCUUUGAAAUUCUUGAGCCUGUGCUAACACGUUGCACACCAGAGCAGUUGUUUCGAAUAGAGGAAUGUAAUCCGGUAAAUUCUGCCUUACUAAAUUCAGGGAACCACAGAGGACAUGAGGCAUCUGGUUUUGCCUUCCUUGCACCCUUUUUGAUAAACAUUCUCCACGGGUUACGCUGGUUUUCUGUCUUGCAUACUUAUUUCUUUGAAUUCAGCUGUCAUUAUCAAGCCUCCCUUUCUCAAGUGCCAGGACUUAAAGCAUUUGGGAGAAUUAUUACUGAUGACUAAGUGAAAGCUAGUGUGGGUAGAAAAGUAUCUCAGCUUCUAAAAAUAAGGAAAACAAGACCACAGUAUUUACCACUGAAAUAGCUGGGAAAGGCAUAAUAGAACCAACUGUUUUCAAGUUACAAACUGUUAAGGCUGCAAAGCGUACCGAUUGGGGGAGUAUCUGGGGUGAGAUUUCAUGUGUGUGGUAGAUUUCUUAUCUACACUGUUAGGACUUCAGUUCCAUGAUGCAAUUGGACAUUGAGAUUCUGAGCGUAGCACUUCGUAGUGCAAGCUGGCCAUUCAUCUGCAUACCUAAAGUUCAGAACUGGUGUGGCCUGAGCCUGUGCUGGAAAUGCAAGUCUAGGCUGUAAGCAUGGCUCACUAACUCAAAUAUAGAGCUCUGCUAGUUGAAGCUACACGAUUUCUAGACUGAAGUCAGCAGCUCUGCAUGGUGUUGCCACACUCCAUGUUGGGGGUACCUGUGAUAGCAUGUGUGGUGGGAUUUGUUCUGCACCUUUCUUCACUGGGGGACUGGGCUUUGUCUACAGGCUCACCUAACAGGU